ACCAGCUCAGCAUCAUCAGCUUACCGGCUGCUGCUUCCAGGGAAUAAACUCUGAAUAGUUUUCAUGAGAGACGGCUGCUGAAGAAACAUUUCAGGUGCAGAAAUGUCUCAGCUGUCUGUGCUGCUGCCUCUGACAGGCCUUUUCUUCUUGAUCUCCUCAACGUCUGGAUCAGAAUCCAGCGUGCCGUACCCGGUGACCUGUGUGACCCGUGGAGCCGACCUGGUGGAGGACGGCGUGGAGGUCUUGUGUCCUCCAGACUGCACCCAGUGGAGGGUACCGGUGUUCGGGACGGGGAUCUACGCCUCCGUCUCCUCCGUCUGCGGAGCUGCCGUCCACAGGGGGGUUCUGGGUCAGUCCGGCGGCCCUGUCAGGGUUCACAAGCUGCAGGGACGACACAACUACAUGAGCUCCUACGCACACGGCAUCCAAUCACAGGCCCUGUCCCGCUGGACCGCCUCCUUCAGCCUCACCAAGCCUAUUAACGUCCCACUGGAGUUGACCAGUGAGACCAGUACCACAUCUCUGCCUGCAGCAGCACUACCAGCAAAGAAACCACUGAAGAAGCCGUCAGUGAAGAAAGCUCUGACAGGCGGAAAUAAAGACUGUCAGAUGGAUAUCGCCAUAGUGAUCGACAGCAGUAACAACAUCGGGCAGCGGAGGUUCAACCUCCAGAAGAACUUUGUCACCAAAUUGGCGGCCAUGUUGAGAGUCGGAUCAACAGGGCCGCAUAUAGGACUGAUCCAGGCCAGUGAUUCUCCCAGGACUGAGUUCUUACUGACCAACUACACUCAACCUAAAGAGCUGCUGUUUGCCAUCAAGGAGCUGGCCUACCUGGGAGGAGACACCAACACAGGUAAAGCCAUCAUGCACACGGUGGAGACCUUCUUCACCCAGGAGACCGGGGGUAGGCGGGGUCACCCUCGGGUCAUGAUGGUGCUAAUCGACGGCUGGCCAUCUGACGACCUGGAGCGGGCGGCCAUGUUGGCCAGAGAGUCCGGCAUUAACGUCUUCCUGGUGUCUGUGGCCAAACCGGCGCCCGAGGAGCUCGCCAUGGUGCGAGACAAGGACUUCAUGAAGAAGGCGGUGUGUAAAGAUAACGGUUUCUUCAGUUAUUCCAUGCCCAGCUGGUUCAGCACCACCAAACACGUCAAACCUCUCGCUCAGAAGCUCUGUUCUCUGGACAGCCUGCUCUGCAGUAAAACCUGCUACAACUCGGUAAACAUCGGGUUCCUCAUCGACGGUUCUUCCAGCGUCGGGGAGGGAAACUUUCAGCUGGUCCUGGACUUCCUGGCGGGAAUCACCAGAAGCUUUGACGUCUCGGACGUGGGAGCUCGCGUCGGUGCGGUGCAGUUCACCUACGAUCAGAGGCUGGAGUUCGGCAUGUUUGACCACUCCAACAAAGAGGACUCCAUCAACGCCCUGAGGAGGAUCCCCUACAUGAGCGGAGGAACGGCCACUGGAGCCGCCAUCAGCUACACCACCCAGAACCUGUUCAGGCGGACGGGACCAGGACGUAACUUCCUCAUCGUGGUGACAGACGGCCAAUCAUACGACGAUGUCAGACUUCCAGCGAUGGCUGCACAGAGACAAGGCAUCACCAUGUACUCGGUGGGCGUGGCCUGGGCACCCCUGGACGACAUCAAAGCGAUGUCAUCAGAGCCGAAGGAAAGCCACACCUUCUUCACCAGAGAGUUCACCGGCCUCGCCGAGUUGGUCCCUCUGCUGGUCCGAGGCGUCUGCCGAGACUUCACAGAGAACAACUAAGAACACACACACACAUGUUUGUACUUCUAUACUAGUGAUGACAAACGUAACUCAAACCUAAAAAUCUGAACCCUCUAAACAUCCUGGCAAUGAAAGAGAAAAUAUCUUUGAUUUACAAAAUAUCCUCACUUUGAGGGUAGAGAAAUAUGUCCUCACAAAGAAUACAAGUACACAUUUGUACUUCUAUACUCGACAAAAGUUGCCAAGACACUAAAACCAAGUCUUAACCCCUAAAAAGCCAUUUUAAGAAGAAAAAACAAAAUAAAAUGUUGUUUUCAAAAUGUCCUUACUUUGCAGGCAGAAGAUCAGGUCCCCACAAAGAUAGAAAUAAGUACACACACACACACACACACACACACACACACACACACACAC